CAAGUUUUUUGGGGGAGAAGGUACUUUAGGAAACAGCCACACACACACACACACACAUCCAGAGCAGCUUCACAUGACACGCUGCGGACCUGCGGAUUUCCAACACCUACGUGCUAUUGUGUUACUUUACCCCCGUCCAUAAACCGCGUUCAUUUUACAUUUACAAGUGAUCCUGCACUUUUUUCUUUUUUCCCCCCUCCCGGGGCUUGCAUGGUGUGCGCGUAUUUUGGAUGCUCGGAUGGUUUAGGGAGCGCUCCCGAGUGCGCAGAAACGUGCCGUGCCAUUCAAGCGGCUGAUGCCCCCCUCUCUGCCUGAGUCGCAGUGAAUCAUGUCACGCCGGAAGCAGAAGCGACCCCAGCAUCUAGUUAACGCGGAUCCGGGGUGCCCGAGCCUGCCAUCUCACGAUGAUCAUCUGGGCAUGAAGUCACCAUCCACAUCUCUUGGCUCAGAAGUGACCUCGUCGGGUUCCUCCUCCUCAUCCCCCACCUCUCUACAAGACUGCCAGCCGCCUUUGGCCCCUCGCCCAUCCCCUGGUGGGCUCCACGCGCCCUCCUUACCCAGCGAGAGUUCGCCUCCUCCCCACUGGCCCAGCCACAUCGCUCCCUUCACCACCUCUCUCCCGAACACCCACUCUUCCCUCUCCCCGGACUUUCCUCACCCCUCGCUGUCAUCCCAGACUCACUCACCUCCUCCCCUGGGUCAAACCUCAGGUUCCCACAGCCUGCCCCACCAGGGAAACUCUCACUCCACUAUGACCUCCCCACCGAUGGGCAGCUCGGCCACCACCACCACUACCUCCUCGUCUUCCUCCUCCUCGUCUUCUCAGUAUGUGCAGCCGCACCGCGACAGCUCCAGUCCAGGUCACCAGCAGACCUCCGGCUCUCCGGGGCAGCAGGGACAGAUGCACGUGUCGCCGACCCUGGCGGUACUGCUGGAAGAGCUGAGGGUCUUGCAGCAGAGGCAGAUCCACCAAAUGCAGAUCACGGAGGAGAUCUGUAGGCACGUUCUAAGGCUCGGCGGCGCCUUCUUCGGCCAAGAUAAUAACACGCAGGCCCAUGGCGCGGACAACGGCAGGAAGUCUACAGGAGCAGCGUCUUCCUCGCCAACACACCCCUCCACCGCCACGCCAGUAAGCGCGGCCUCGUUGCUUUUGACUGGCCUUCCGUCUUCCCUCUUUCCCCAGCCUUCUGUCUCCAAAUCAGGUGCUUCACAUGUCAAUGGCAACAGGGCUCAAUCCUCCACUACCUACUCUUCAUUAUCUUCAUCAGCCAUUUCAUCCACUAUUGGCUCCUCUGUUGCGUCCCUGCACCCGCUGUCCUUGUCGUUGGGCCUACCGCACCGCUACCUCCACGAGAAUCCUCAAACACCUUCUCCUUUCGGUCAUAGCAAUGGGAUCAGUUUCCAGGCUCCUUCCCUUCCUGCCACGAGCCAAUCCCAGGAUCCCCAGGCCAGCUCCUCUCUGAGCUCCGCCUCCUCGGCAGGACGCGCUCAACACGUGUGCCGUUUUUGCGGGAAGGUGUUGAGCAGUGAUUCGUCACUCCAGAUCCAUCUGAGGUCGCACACGGGUGAGAGGCCCUACCAGUGUCCGGUCUGCCUGAGUCGUUUUACAACCAGGGAGAACCUCAAAGCCCAUUUCCUGCGACACAGAGAGCAGAAUCCAGAGCUGUCGCUCUCCCUUCUUCCCCCGGCACUGUCCGAUCAACCGCAAAGUGUUCCUGUACCUACCCAGAGGAGGAGAAAACGGCGAGCUGAUGACGACGAGUCAGUCAAUGGAAUCAAAGGAAGCAUUCCCGGGAUGACCGAGAACAUGGCUUUAGGGUUCCUCUCUGGUGCAUCCGGCCGGCCCUCGCCCUCAUCGCUACCUCUGCCGCCAUCAGUGGACAUGGCGUUGUUAUCCACAGCCCAUUCACUGCUGCAGCUGAACAGAGCCUCGGCCGUCGCUGCCGCCAACGCAUCUAGCACUGGACUGCCUUCUUCCUCUUCGUCUUCGUCCUCCUCCAUGGGCGGCCAGUUCAAAGGAGCCAAGCAGCAGCGUUUUGAUGAAAACACGCCUCCUCACUCUGCGCUCCAUACAACCUCCCCGUACUCCCAGCUGGCCCACCUCCCCAAGAUUCUCUUCCCGGAAGGGACUUCCCCCCACCACCUUGCACUUCUGCGGCCUCCAGGCCACCCGUCCGCCUCACACCUCACUUCGCCUCAUCAGCUGCCCUUCCCGUUUCCACCUUUCCCCAAACCGUUGACCUCCUCCCCCUCUUCGUCUUCUCCCACCACCUCUACCCAGACUUCGGACACCUCAAAGUUGCAGCGCCUCGUGCAGAAGCUUGAAAAGGGGGCCUCAUCUUCCUUCGGCCCCUCACCAGCCUCCGCCGACGCACAUGGAGACACACACGGCCACGACCUGUCCACCACCUCCAGUGCCUAUCGCAGGGAAAUGCUGGCUGCUCUCGGCCUGAGCCCGAGUGCAAGUGUCGCUGGACUGAUGACCAGCCAGGGAGGCACCACAACGACCAUAACCAACCCUUCUCUGCCAACCGCCCAGGCCGCUAACCAGUGCGGGGUGUGCCUGCGUGUCCUCAGCUGCCCCAGAGCGCUGCGUUUGCACCAAGCCACGCAUCUGGGAGAGCGCCCGUUCCCGUGCAAGCUGUGUGGUCGUUCCUUCUCCACAAAGGGCAGCCUCAGAGCCCACCUGGCGACUCACCGGGCAAGACCGGCCAACUCCCGCGCCUUGAACUCCUGCCCGUUGUGCCCACGAAAGUUCACCAAUGCCUUGGUUCUACAGCACCAUAUCCGCUUGCACCUGGGAGGGCAAAUACCUCCUGACGAAGAUAUGCCUGCUGAGGACGCGGAAGAAACGGAUAAUGCUGUCUUCAAUGAGUGUGAGAAUAACUCCCCAUCUAAAGCCCAGCAACUCCUUCCUCUGGCCUUAACGAUGAGCUCCAAGUCUCCAAUUGAUGCUCUCAUUUUAGGGUCCAAUUCUAGGAAAUUCACAGCUGCUGACGCCACUUCUGUGAAGACAGAGGAAUCGGAGGGCUCCACACCCAGUGUUAGCCCACCCUUGACCCGUGAUCCCCCCUCAAUGGGAGCCGAGGACCCCCUGCGUCUGAGAAACAACACCUUGGCUGAUUGUAGCCCUGCGAACAGCACCGUGCACUCUGAGGAGGAGACCCAGGCUGACCUGGGCAGCACAAGCCCUUUAAAAGCAACCGUGGCUAGUUUUCAUUCAGCUGCGGUGAAUGGAGACGAAGAGAUGGAUGAUACGCCUCUAUCCCUCUGCAUAUCAAAGCCUCGAGGAGAAGACGACGCGGUUCAUGUGGGGGUCUUUACCGUUGAAGCCUGCUCCACGGACAAAGCCCCGACAAGUCCCGAUCCCGUACCCCGAGCUGCGAAUGCUUCACCUGCCCUCACCGCACCGGCCAGCCCCAAAGCAGAAGAGGCCAGUGGCAGCGUACCACGGGAGGCACAGGAGAGGGACGCUGCCCAAAGCAAUGUCAAGAGGGAGACCACCACACCCGAGGACCCGGCGCCCGUUCCGGAUCCGGUGCAGGGUGCGCCGAAGGAGGAGGAGGAGGAUCAUCGUGCGCAAGGAAAGCCUUCAGAUGACCCCGAGCCCUCGGUCCCAGCGCCAGCCCAGCCUCCCCGCUCUGACAAACCCUACAGCUGCACCCAGUGUGGAAAGGCAUACGCCAGUCGUAGCGGACUUAAGGGCCACAUGAAAAAUCACCCUGGAGCGCUGACCAGUACCUCUUCCAAGGCUCAAACCAGCGACACAGACAUUGCAGAGGAUCGCAGCUCGCUCACAACCAAUAAGAAUCAGGUGGCGAAGGAAGAAGAGCAGGGGUUGGCUAAAUCCCCCGAGAAAGGGGAACGCACAGAUCCCCCACCGAUCAGUGCGGCUUCUAGUGUGGUGGGGGGGCAGCCCAUGGACACCACUGUGUAGAGUUAGUUUUGUUAAGCGGCUGCAGUCAGUCUUUAUGAAGGGUACUGACAAGGGAAUGUAUUUCUUUUUUUUUUGAGAAUCGUUUUCUAGAGAUAUUGAUUGUUAUUCAUUUUUACUUUUUUUGUAUUAGAUCUAGUUUCUGCUGUAGUCCCAUUUCAAGAGAUUUGUGAAAGUAGUAUUUUAGUUACCUAUUUUUUUAUUUCAAAGACCACAGUGAGGCCUUAACUUACACACUUCACAGAAUUGUCACAAUGAGAAUGAAUUGUUUGCGCCCUUUUUCUUUUUUUUGGUGAUAUCUAUUUCAGCAAAGACUGUAUAAGCUGAUUUGAAUGAGAGGGUCGGUCCAGCAUUUUACAAGAUUAACUCCAUACCAAAACAGGCCGAAAAUUAUUAACUGGCAACGUUUGUAAAUUGAUGCUUCGGUUACAUUUAAUGCCUUCUUAUUGUUACUUCUUUUCAGUUUUGUUGUUUUUUACUGCCAUGCUGCUAAAAGCAUGUUUCUGAUGUGCUGAGUUGCACUGUGAGUCGCACCGUGUCGAAGCAUCUUCUUCAGCGCGUUAGCGACGACGAAGACCACGAUGACGAUAAUAAUGAUGGCGAUGAUUGUGUUUUGUGAACAGUCCUUGUACUUACAGCUGUGAAAUUUACCUUAUUCAUACCGAUGAUUGUAAAUGUUUUCUUUUCUUGUUGUCUGGAGUAUCAACCCGACGACAGGGAUGAGCCCUGUCCGUUAUAACCCCGCCUCCUUUAGUUGUCUCCCCCUCCCUCCCUAACUGCUGCUCUCCUCUCAAAGCACUCGAGAGUUUUCUGCUCCUGCAGGUAUUGUCUGAACUCACUGCAUUCCUGCUUUGCCCAGUCUAGUAUUUCUAUCGUUUCUAAACCCCCUUUUUUUUUUUUGUAGCAAUGAAAAAAAAAUCUUCCCAUCCCACCCAUGUGAUGUACAAAAGAUAAAUAAACCAACGGUGAUGUGAAGAGGAGAACUUU